AUGGCAGCGGCCAUAGACUCGUGGAGUCAGUGCCUAGAGCGCUACCUCCCCGCCGAGCAACUGGCAGAAGCGAAGCGGAUCCUCUACGGGGAGCGCGUCAGGCCACUGGAUUUGCCUUCUGUUGCUACAUCAGCAGCUGGUGAAAGGAACUUUGAUCUACUGGGCUAUGGAUUUCAAGCUGAACCGGAGCAAUUGAGGCAGCCACGUGUUGUCCGGGUGGGAUUGAUUCAGAAUAAAAUUCCACUUCCCACAGAUGCACCGGUUGCUGAACAGGUAGCUGCCCUGCACAAGCGCAUAGAAGAGAUUGUGGAGGUGGCAGCGAUGUGCAAAGUGAAUGUAGUCUGUUUCCAAGAGGCCUGGACAAUGCCUUUUGCUUUCUGUACAAGAGAGAAGCUUCCUUGGACAGAAUUUGCUGAAUCAGCAGAAGAUGGCCCAACAACAAGAUUCUGCCAGAAGCUAGCCAAGAAGCACAAUAUGGUUGUGGUGUCUCCAAUCCUGGAAAGGGAUGACGUACAUGGAGGAACUCUGUGGAAUACUGCAGUGGUGAUUUCAAACUCUGGUGCUGCCCUUGGAAAAAGCAGGAAGAAUCACAUCCCGCGGAUUGGAGACUUUAAUGAGUCAACCUACUACAUGGAAGGGGACAGAGGACAUCCAGUGUUCCAGACUCAGUUUGGAAAGAUUGCUGUCAAUAUUUGCUUUGGGCGCCAUCAUCCUCUCAACUGGCUCAUGUACAGUUUGAAUGGAGCAGAGAUCAUUUUUAAUCCUUCUGCAACUAUUGGGAAACUCAGUGAAUCUUUGUGGCCCAUUGAGGCAAGAAAUGCCGCCAUUGCUAACCACUGCUUCACCUGUGCCAUCAACCGAGUAGGAACGGAAUUCUAUCCAAAUCCCUUUACAUCAGGAGACGGAGGGGAUGCUCAUCACGAUUUGGGUCAUUUUUAUGGCUCAAGUUAUGUAGCUGCCCCAGAUGGGAGUCGAACCCCUGAACUCUCCCGCACCCAAGACGGCCUUUUGGUGGCUGAGAUGGACUUAAAUCUUUGCAGGCAAGUUGGUGACAAAUGGAAUUUUAAGAUGACUGGGAGGUACGAGAUGUAUGCCAAGGAACUUGCUGCAGUAGUACAGCCGAACUUUGUGCCUAAUAUUAUCCACGAGUGAUUUUUCCCCCUCCACUCACAUGGGGUAGGGAAAGCACACUUCCUUUUCUCUUUCAGACAUGAUCUGUGUCUCUUAGUAACAUUCCUCCAUGGAGAAUGCCUCAAAAGGCAUGAAUCAGUUGGCUAAUAG